AACCAUUAUACUAAAACGAGGUUCAUACAUUGUAAGAACUACUAACUAUUACCAGCAAUAAAAAUUUGAUUUCAACAGUUUCUAAUAGUGAAAUAUCCUUUCAAAUUCAAAAUCUAGUACUAAAAACAAACCCUUUUGAUGAGUGGUGAACAAUCUCUUUAACAAAAUACUCUCAACACUUUUCACACUUUUUAACAUUACACUCUCAAACAAGCAAUGCAUCAUCCUCUCCACCCCACAUCUUCCCUCACCCUCCUCCUCCUCCUCUUCCUCCACCUCCUCACCCCAUCCUCCUCGGAAUGCCGCUCGCAAUGCGGCACGAUACCGAUACACUACCCCUUCAGCAUCGACGACGGGUGCGGUGCACCGCAGUUCCGCAACAUGUUCACAUGCAACACCUCGUCAACUUCCCUCUUCUUCAUCACACCAAAUGGCAACUACAAAGUUCAGUCCGUAGACUAUAAGUCACAAACUCUUACGGUUUACGACCCGGAUAUGUCUACAUGUACCGUACUACAACCUCAUCAUGAUGUUCGUCUUACGGAUAUUCAGUACGCUAUUAUCCCUCCUUCACCUGAUACUGUGUUUGCUUUAUUGAACUGCUCUAUUGAUUCUCCGAUUCUUCAUCGGUUUAGCUCUCUUUGUUUUGAGUUUGCUGGUCAUAAGUGUCAGGAGUUAUACUCUUCUUGCAAUUCGUUUCGUAUUUUUACUACAGGUGGGUUGGUUAACCCUGGUGCAAGUAAUAAUACUGGUCCUGCAGGGUACUUUUAUGGUGGUGGUGGUGGGAAUAAUAAUAAUAAUUUUGGUUAUAAUAAUAAUACUGGCUUUGGUGGUAGUGGCGGCGGCUAUGGUGGUGGUGGUGGUAAUAUGGGGCCAGGAGCGGGAGUGGGUGUGGGAACUGGGGUUGGGCGGGGCCGGGGGUGGGGAAAACUGAGAUGGAAGGAGAGCCGGGGGCACCGGUUGGAGAAGGUGGGAUGGGGGCGGGACCGGAGGUAGGGACCGGAGCAACAAUAAUUGGGGGAGGCGGGAUGGGAGCUGGACCCCCGGCACCAAUUGGAGGA